GCUGAUUAAUCAAAUGUAAUGUCUUUAAAAAAAUUCAGGAUGGAUGCAACCUUGAAAGAGCUGACGAGUCUAGUGAAAGAAGUCUACCCAGAAGCCAGGAAGAAGGGCACGCACUUCAAUUUUGCAAUUGUCUUUACAGAUAUUAAAAGACCUGGCUAUCGAGUCAAGGAGAUCGGCAGCACCAUGUCUGGGAGGAAGGGGACCGACGACGCCAUGACCCUGCAGUCGCAGAAGUUCCAGAUAGGAGACUACUUGGACAUAGCCAUCACCCCUCCAAAUCGGGCACCGCCUCCUUCCGGGCGCAUGAGGCCGUAUUAAAUUUUAUUGACUUUUUCUCGAGUUUAUUUUUCGUUCGGUUCUGUAAUCCUGUGCUUUCUCCUGCCCUCAUCGUUGCCAUUGCGCCUUUUAAACUCUGAACAAUGGCGGCGCAUCUGCUUAGGCACUAGGUUUGGCUCUGCUGUGGUGUGAGUGUGAACAGGAGUCCACGCUUCAAGCCCCUCUGUAAAGUCCGAAGAAAGUGCGCUUAGCAUUCCGUGUAAAACUUGUUAAAUACAUGUGUGCAAUCA